AUGAAGUUAUUAACAGAAGAAGAGAAGAGAGAACAUAGUGAGCAUGUCCUUAAGGAAGGAGUCAAAGGAUGCAUUGUUGGUGCUGUUGUUGGUGUUGGUUUAUUAAAGUUUUUUAAAUACAAGCGGCCAGUAAGGUAUGCAAGUUUGAGUAGUUCGAUCAAAGCGGCCAUUUUUGCAAUGCCAACGAUUUCUCUUGGUGCAUUUUAUGCCGACGAUGGAUCAGUCAAAUUUGAUGAACAAAGGUAUCAACUGGAUUACUUAAAGAGGCAGGAGUUGCAAGCAUUGGAAAAUUACAACAAAUUGUCAACAAGUGAUAAAAUAUUACACCAAUUAAAUGAAAAUAAGUACAAGAUUGUGGUAUCUGCUUGGGCAGCUUCAUUAUACGGUUCUUGGAGGAUAGUGAAUAAAGACAAAUACAUGACAAAAGCGCAAAAGAUUGUUCAGGCCAGAGUUUAUGCCCAAGCUAUUACAGUUGUAUUGUUGUUGGGAACAUUAUUGUUGAGCAUGAAUGAAGAAAAGAUAAAGAAAACACAACCAGAGCCCAUUCCAAGUUGGAAAAAGCAUCUUCAAGAGCAGGAGAUGGCAAAGGAUGACCCAAAUAAACCACCAAAUGUUCCCGAUGGUUGGUUAGCAAAGUUUGAUGAAAAGUAUAGUACAUGGUUUUAUGUUGAUCUAGCUACAAAAAAGUCACAAUGGGAAGCACCUAAAGGUACAAAAUUCGAUACUGGUGAUGUUGCCGAUGUUCCACCACCGGCUUAUAGUCCCAAGGAAAAUAACUCAAAAGUCAACUCUACAACUUCAAACCAAAGUAAUAGAGGGGCUUUUAACCGCCAUCAACAACCACAGCCGCAACCGCAACCAAAUUACGGCGGAGGGUAUCCACCACAGCCAGGAUAUGGAGGGUACCCACCACCACAACCGGGAUACGGAGGGUACCCCCCACAGACAGGAUAUGGGGGAUAUCCACCACCUGGCGGCUAUUACCCCCCACAAGGAUAUGGAGGGUACCCACCACCGCAAGCAGUUCAACAACAACCUAGAAGAAGUGGGCUUGGCGCUGGAAGUAUGGCAAUGGGUGUUGGAGGAGGUUUACUAGGCGGAAUGCUUUUAGGAAAUGCAAUCAACGGCUGGGAAGAUCAUGAGAGAAUGGAAGGUUAUCAAGAUGGUUACCAAGAUGGUUUUGAUCAAGGUGGAGACUUUGAUGGUGGAGACUUUGGAGGUGAUUUUUAA